UUCAUUUUAAGAACAUUUUUAUGAUUUAAAGUUUUACCUUCUCUUCUUAUAGCCCAUUCUGAUAGGAACAGAAAAGUCAAGAACAGGGCUAUGUGCAGAUUACAUUUUUCUCUGCCUUGCCUAUGACCCUUUCUUCUUGUUACCUAUAAUCUUGCAUUAUUAAUCCAGGAGAUACUUGCUCGUGUGUCUGUUUGCCAGUUCUGCACUGGGAGACAAAUUAACUGCCAUGAUUUAGGCCUUUCAAGUAUUCCUAGGAAUUUUUCUGAAAUUACAGUUUUUCUGUACCUGGGAAAUAACUUAUUUCAUAUAAAUAAAAGUGAAUUAACAGGGCUUCAUUCUCUUGUAGUAUUAUAUUAGGAUAAUGCUAGCAUUGUGUGUGUAUAUCCAAAAGCCUUUGUUCAUUUGAGGCACCUCUAUUUUCUAUAUCUAAAUAAUAAUUUUAUGAAACAUUUGGAUCCCGGAAUAUUUGAGGGGCUUUCCAGUCUUUGUAAUUUAUAUUUACAGUGUAAUCUAUCCUUUGUUCCAAGAGGAGUAUUUAAUGAUCUAGUUCAGUACUUAAAUCUGCAAAGAAAUCAUCUCACUCUCCUCGGGAGUGACUUUGUUGGCAUGAUUGCUCUUCGGAUAAUUGAUUUAUCCAACAAUAAUAUUUUGAGGAUAUCAGACACAGGCUUUCAGCAUCUUGGAAACUUGGAUUGUUUGUAUCUAGAAGGUAAUAAUUUAGCAAAAGUACCAUCAGAUGCUUUUGAAGUGCUUAAGAGUCUUAAAAGACUUUCUUUGUCUCAAAAAGCAAUACAGUCCUUUGCAUUUAAAGGGCUUGUCAACUUGGGAUAUUUGCUUCUGAAAAAUUCAAGAAUUAAAAACAUUACUAGUGAUGGGUUUAAUGGAAUUAACAAUCUUAAACAUUUGCUCUUAAGUCAUAAUGAUUUGGAAAUGUCUGACACAUUUAGAUAUUAAAGAAUUUAAUUUACCUUAAUUAAAUUAGACAGAAGCAGAAUAAUCAGCAUUGAUAAUGAUACAGUUGAGAACAUGGGAGCAUAUUUGAAGAUCCUUAAUCUGUCAUUUAAUAAUCUUACAGACUUACAUCCAAGGGUCCUUAAGCCAUUGUCUUCAUUGACUCAUCUUCAGGCAAAUUCUAAUCCUUGGAAAUGUAACAGCAAACUAUUGGGCCUUCGCAACUAACUGGCUAGCAUCUUCAGCCAUUACCUAAACAUCUGUUGUCAGAACCCCCCAUCCAUGCGUGGCAGAGCAUUGCAUUAUAUUAAGUGGACUGACUGUACAGAUUGCGUUACGUCUUCGACAAAUGUAUCCAGAGCUUGGGCUAUAAAAUCUCUUCAUAUUCAUCACAAGACUACUGCGUUAAUGAUGGCCUGGCGUAAAGUAACCACAAAUGGGAAACACUUGGAAAAUACCAAGAGCAUUUCUUUCGGGGAACAAACUUCACCUAUCAGUAGAGUUUUUCAAGAGAAUACCUUUGCUAAUCCACUAGAGACUACUGCAGUGUUACCUGUGCAAUUACAGCUUACUUCUUCUGUUAACUUGACUUUGGAAAAAACCAGCGCUCUACCAAUUGAUGCUGCUUCAGUGUCAGGGAAGACAUCUCUAAUUUGUACACAAGAAGUUGAAAGGUUAAGUGAGGCUUUUGACAUUUUGCUAGCUUUUUUUAUCUUAGCUUGUAUUUUAAUCGUGUUUUUGAUCUACAAAGUUGUUCAAUUUAAACAAAAACUAAAGACACCAGAAAACUCAGGGGAAAAUAGACUUGAAUACUACAGCUUUUAUCAGUCUGCAAGGUAUAAUGUAACUGCCUCAGUUUGUAACACUUGCCAAAAUUCUCUCGAAAGCCCUGGUUUGGAGCAAAUUCAACUUCAUAAACAAACUAUUCCUGAAAAUGAGGCACAGGUCAUUCUCUUUGAACAUUCUGCUUUAUAAUUCAACUAAAUAGUGGCUGUAAGAAACUUUAGUGCCAUGGACAUGAAUAAAACUGAAGCUUCCUUGUAGAAUUAUAAACUUUAUUUGGAAAUAUAAUGAAUUACAUGAGCUUAGCAUUAAUAAAUAAUGUUUUUAAUAACUUGUCA